AUGAGCGGUAUUACUAAUAACGAAAAAAUUCAAUAUUUCUCUAUGUUCAACCAGCUUGGCCCUGUAAAUGGAUUCAUUACAGGUUCUCAAGCACACAAAUGGCUUGUCAAUUCAAAAUUGCCAGUACACAUGUUAGAGAGAAUAUGGGAUCUUUGUGACAUAGAUAAAGACGGAAACCUUGAUUUUGACGAGUUUGCAGUCACUUAUAGAUUAGUUAAUGAUCUUUUAGCAGGGAUAUACCCUGAUGUUCCACCAACGCUUCCACAACACCUUAUUCCUCAGAGCAAGUUGCAUUUAUUAGCAGCACGUGGUAGUGGUGGUAAUGUCGGGAAUUUGGCCGGAGGUGGAACUUUUAUUGGAACAAGCGGACCAAUUACAAGCGAAUUUAAUACACCAGGGAUUGGACAGAUUAAUAAUAAUGAUGUGACCAAUUUGUUAAGCGCGCAACAUCGAUUUCCUCCGAUUCCUCCACCUGUGCCAGCACCGCUUAAUCAAUUUUCGCAAGUUCCACCACCAGUGCCGCCUCCACCUACACUUCAUUCUAGUUACGGUGGUUUUCCGUCCGCGCCAUUGACAGACGAUUUUGAUUGGUAUAUGCCACCUGCUGAUAAAUUUAAUUAUGAGAAUCAGUAUAGCAGUCACGUUGGGGCACAUGGAUAUGUGCAAUUUGCAUAUUUCGAUGAGCUAUAUCUACAGCUUGGAAUUCCCCGAGAAGAAUGUAUAGCCGCAUGGAAUCUUGCAGAUGUCAAUUUCGAGCAACGUCUUGGUAAAGACGCGUGUUUAGUGUUUUUGCACAUACUCAAUCAGCGCAGUAAAGGAAAACGUAUUCCAAGUCAAUUGCCAAAUGCUCUCAAAACUUCGUUAUUACGUGGAAAACUGAAUUAUAACUAUAAUGAAACGUUGGAUCCAACGUCUACUACACGUCGAGCACGUACCGAUCCCAAUGAUUCGGGAUCAACGCGGUCCUACGGAGGAACAAAACGGGAGGAAGAGCAACUACUACACAAACUCGCCGACCUAAACGAAAGAAUACAAAAAGCCGAAGAACGAGCACUAUCCAGUUACACUAGCGCACUAUCUUCCUCGACAUCCUCGGAAACGAUAACAGACUUUCAACAGCUGCUAGAGUACAAGCAGAAACAAUUAUCCGCCCUUAAAGACCUCGCUGGUGCCAAACAGAAAUCAUCGUCCGCGUUUUUCGAGAAUUAUAUUCGGCGCGAGAAAUCCGCGGUACGUGAAUUAGAGGAGAAUAUACAGUUGUUGAAGACUCAGAUGUCGAUAUUGGAAACAGAGUAUAGUAGUAGUGAACGUGAUUUGCGACAGUUGCAACAGGAUAUUGAGGUGGCUAAGAGUGGGAGAUAA